AUGGAAAUUUCAAACGAGACACUGGAAACCAUAUUGGUAAGCUCGACGAAAGGAAGCAAUAACAAUAUUAAGAAAAUGGAAGAGGAAAUGAAGAAGAAGCAAGGAAGAGGAGAAUUAGGAGGUGAAGCUCAAAAAUGUCCAAGAUGUGAAUCUCCCAACACAAAGUUUUGUUACUAUAACAACUAUAGUCUCACUCAACCUCGUUACUUCUGCAAAUCUUGUCGGAGAUAUUGGACUAAAGGCGGCACUCUCCGUAACGUCCCCGUUGGUGGUGGUUGCCGUCGAAACAAACGAUCUUCUUCGUCCUCAGCUUUCUCCAAGAUCAACAAUAAGCCCAUUAAUUUCCAUAAUGAUCCACUUCACAACUCUUUAAUUACUGGAAUGCCAUCGCCCUUUGGUUAUGACUCCAUUGAUCUCAACCUCGCUUUCGCUACUCUUCAUAAGCAUUCCUCUUCUCAGGCUACUCCUUCUUUUGGGUUUAGAGGCGACCUUUCUAUUUAUGAAAACUCAACGAACACACAAACUGGUGUUUUCGGAAACGGAGGGGUCUUCGGAGGGCAAAACGGUAAUUUCAACAAUGGUAGUUUGUGUUAUGGUUUCAUGUCCGGAAAUGGAAAUGAAAGCAAGAAUUCGUCUUUGGGGUUUUCUUUGGAUGGAAAUGAGAGAAAGCCAGAGAAUGUGAACAGUAACAACAAUAUCUCAGAGAAUCCAAGCAAGGUUUUAUGGGGAUUUCCAUGGCAGAUGACCGGAGAUUCUGCCGGAGUUGUACCCGAGAUUGAUCCUGGAAGGGAAAGCUGGAAUGGGUUGGCUUCAUCUUGGAAUAAUGGGUUACUCAACACUCCUUUGGUGUAGAUCAAGAUGAAGAUCAUCAUAAUAAAUAAAAAAUAUUACUAUAUAUUAACGUCAUCACAUGUUUGUAUACCACUUUCACUAUAUGGGGGAUGUCUGGUUUUAAUUUCUAGGGUUUCUAUCUUUUUUAAUUUCUCAAUCUUCUUGAGACAAAGACCAAAGACCAAAGAGUACUCUUUUUUUUUUUUUUUAAAUAUUCUUUUUUGGUUUGUAAUUUAACGGUGGUUUGGUUGGUUAAUUAAUUACUUGUUCUCUAUGAUGGAUUUUUUGUUUCUUAUGC